UCAUCAUUCAUCAUGGCGUCUCUCGCACCGGAAGACUUCCCGCAAAUGUGGCAGCGGCCGAGCUACGAAGAGCUCCUCGGCAUCCUCCAGAGCCUGGAGCUGAGCCCCCCCGUCUGGAACCACAGGCAGCGACAGGCAGACAUCCUCGCCCAGCAGGAAUCCCUGGCGACCCAGCGCAAGGCCGAAGUCACGCGCUACCUCUCGUCCGUCAUCAAGAGCCCGCUGGCCUGGAUCGACGACUACGACAAGCAGGAGGUCCUCUGGGAGCUCGCCAGCAAGCGCAUGUCGGAGCGGUGCGGCAGGACGGCCAUGGGCGAGGUGACGAGGCGGUGGCCGUUUGAAGGGGACGGCGUGGCCUGCGAGCCCUUUGAGCUCAUCAUCAAGGAGCCCGCGCUGACGGGCGACUCGCUGGGCUUCAAGACGUGGGGGUCGUCGUACGUGCUGUCGCGCCAUCUGCCGCGGCUGGCGGCCACGUCGCUGUUCAAGCUGUUUGACGAGACGCUGGGGCAGCCGCCGCCGACGGUGCUGGAGCUCGGCUCGGGGACGGGGCUGCUGGGCGUUGCGGCGGCGGCGCUGUGGCAGACGCAUGUCAUUCUGAGCGACUUGCCCAACAUUGUGCCCAAUCUCAAGGACAACACGGAGAGGAACAGGAGCCUGGUGGAGGCUCGCGGGGGAUCCAUGUCGGUUGGGCCGCUUACCUGGGGUGGAGGGGAGGACGAGAUUGACCAGGACCUCUUUGGAGAACCCUUUCAGUUCAAGGCAAGUUUAUUAUUAUUCACUACCAUGAUCUUCCUCGUCCUCGCUGCUGAUCCCAUGUACGACGAUGAUCACCCGGGCCUUCUCGCUUCGGCCAUCUGCCAGAACCUCGCGCUCGGCUCUGAAUCCAGGGCGGUGGUCAUGGUGCCCAAGCGGGAUGACACCACGCGGAGGCUCCUGGAGGCUUUCAAGCAGGCCAUGCUGGAUCUGGAGACGCCGCUGUUCUGCGAGGAGGAGAGCGAGCUUGCCGGGGAGGAUGAUUGGGGCGAGGAUGAGGAGGAGGGCCAGGUCAAGUGCUGGUUGGGCAUCUUUUCGCGGGGCGGGUCACCUUUGACGACGUGA